AAUUAGUUGCAUUAACAAGAACAAUCAUGACAGAAUCUGAAGAUUCUAUAAAACAUGACGUCAUGAUCAGCUACGAUUGGGAACACCAAGAGUCGGUCCUAAAAAUCCGAAACAGUCUGAAGAAACAUGGCAUCAACUGCUGGAUCGAUGUAGAAAAUAUAUCGGGCUCGACGAUAGAAGCCAUGAGUGCUGCAGUGGAGAAUUCCGCCAUCUUUCUCAUGUGUUUCUCCGAGAAGUACUACGAAAGCGAAAACUGCCAGGCGGAGGCAGAAUAUGCAAGGCAGCUUAAAAAAGACAUAAUACCAUGUAAAAUGGAGAGGGGAUAUAAGGCUAAAGGGUGGCUUGGCUUUAUUCUUGGCAGCAAACUUUUCUUUGAAUUUUCUGGAAAGUAUCCUUUUGAAAAGAAAAUCGAGGAACUUGUAAGGGAAAUUCGCAACCAUCUCCAGGAUGAUAACGACAACAAAAUUGAGGCAGAUUUUCAAAAGUCUCUCAACAUUGACAAACCUCCACCUAUACCCGCUAACAAGGGGCCUGGAGCCUCGGGAGUCGUAAAAGAAAUGCCAGUUUCUGGAAUAGAAGGCUUUCGACAUAUUGCGUUCCAACCUCCUGAAAACUUUUGGAUUAGCUAUGAAAACAAGGUCGUCUUCAUAGAUAAAUCCGGGAAUAAGCUCAAGGAAAUCCAACGCUUCAGAUUCACAUUCGGGGCCCAUUCAGUAACUCAGGAUGGCUCCCUCGUGUACCUGACCGGAAUAUCCGUCAAAAAACACACCUCCGAGGACAAGUCCGUUAACUUCAUCACCGGAACUAAUGUUGAUGGAUGGAAGGCUCGAAGCAUUUAUGCCAGCCAUCGAAACGGUGAUAUUUUGAUUGGACUUCAAAACGAAGAGAAGGGAAUAGGCAAAAUUUCACGUUACAACAAGGAUGGGGAAUACCAGAGCACGAUAGAACGUGACAGCAGCGACAAUCCAAUGUACACGUGGCCUCGAUACAUUACGGAAAACUGCAACGCUGACGUCGUUAUUUCAGAUUGGUAUGGAGGAGUUGUCGUUACUGAUCAGGACGGAAAGCAUCGCUUCACUUACAAUAUUUCUAUCCCCAGAGGUGUGGUGACGGACUCGAAGGGCCGUAUAUAUGUGUGUAACAAUACACCAAAGAUCCAUGUGAUUGACCAAAAUGGAAAGUUUCAGUCAUUUAUUCUUACGGGCUCAAAAGACGCUUUUGCUCUUCACCUCCAUAACGACAAAAAGUUGUGGGUCUGUUUUAAUACAGAAAAAAAGAUAAAGGUCUAUAAAAUUCCGGAAUAGAAACGGAAAAUAUGUCAUUAAAGAUUUGCAUACAGAUGCAUAUUUAUG